AUGCCAGCACAAGCACAUCUACAACUCAAUCUCUCGGGCACAGCGUUCAAACACUCUCUCCAGUCUCUGAGAUCUACGUCAAUACCACCUGGAUCCUACAAGCAAUACCGUUUCGAUCAUCCACAUAUCUCAGCUUCCACAACAUACAACGCAUCCUCCGCAGCAAUGGUGUCUGCCAGCGAUUUCACUGCUGUCUGUAAUGCAACGAUCGCCGAAUCCGAACUUUGCACACCUCAAACAUGCUGUCUUGCGCAGGGUGAGGUACAAUACAUCCCAUCCCUGGCAGGCAACUCUCUCUUCGCAGCUAUAUUCGGUCUGACAUUGGUCGCUCAACUCAUACUAGGCAUAAGAUACAAGAUCUGGUCAUUCUGUGUAUGGAUGGCCUUCGGACUCAUUGGAGAGAUCGUCGGCUAUAUUGGACGAAUCAUGCUCAACAACAACAUCUUCUCGUUCACCGCUUUCCUCACCUAUCUCGUCCCGCUCACAAUCGCGCCAGCAUUCAUCACAGCGAGCAUGUACCUAUGCCUAGCACGACUGAUCCACGUCCUCGACCCAAAACUGCAAUACUCCAGACUCAAGCCAAUGACAUACACGUGGAUCUUCGUCACAUUCGACAUCAUCUCUCUCAUCCUGCAGGGAGCAGGCGGUGGUGUCGCUGCAACCGCAGAAGAUGAAGCAGGUAGCGACAUGGGCGUCAACAUCAUGAUCGCAGGUCUAGCAUCCCAAGUCGCAUCCAUCGUCAUCUUCAUAGCUCUCUGCAGCGACUUCGCCUACCGCCUCUACCGCGGCCACGGCUCUCCCUCCAAGCGAGACCUCUUCAGACUUUCAGCCACCUCCCACAACACCCAAACCGCCACUGUAGUACCCACAGACGACUUCCGCAGCACAUCCUACUCAACCCUCUCCCCCAACUCCUCCCCUCUGCCAACCACAACUUACUCCUACACCCUCAUCAAACACAGCCGCAAAUUCCGCGCCUUCAUCGCCGCCCUUACCUUUGCCGUUCUCUUCAUCCUCAUCCGCUCUGCCUACCGCCUCGCCGAGCUCCAGGAGGGUUUCGAUGGCAAGCUCGCCAACGAAGAAGUCACGUUUAUGAUCCUGGAGGGUCCGAUGAUCAUCCUUGCCUGUCUGCUUUUGACGCUUUGUCAUCCUGGACUGGUGUUUAGGGGCAUGUGGAGCAUGAAGGAGUUUGAGAGGGUGAGUGCGGCUGUGGGGUAUGAGGAGCGGAAGUUGGGGAUGGGGAGUGAGGAGGGGUUGGGUGUGUGA